AUAGGAUUGAAGAUCUCUCAAUUAAGUCUGCUUGCAAAGGAUCGUUUCUUGGAACUUCCACAAAUUUAAAACCAUGAAACAUCUAUCGUUGCUAUUAUUGUGUGUUUUUGUAGUUAAGUCCCAAGCUGUCGUGAAAGACUACGAUGACGAGGUGAUUUUUGCCCGUGGUCAUCGACCCCUUGACAAGAAGAGGGAAGAGGCUCCCAGCCUGAGACCUGCCCCACCUCCCAUCAGUGUAGGUGGCUAUAGGGCUCGUCCAGCCAAAGCAGCUGCCGCCCAAAAAAAAGUGGAAAGAAAAGCCCCCGACGCUGGUGGCUGUCUUCAUGCUGACCCAGAGCUGGGGGUGUUGUGUCCCACAGGAUGUCAGUUGCAAGAAGCUUUGGUAAAACAGGAAAGAACAGUCAAAAACGGUGUUGAUGAGUUACGUAACGACAUGGAUUCUAUUUCCCAGACCUCCUCUUCUACCUUUCAGCACAUGUCUUUACUAAAAGACAUGUGGCAAAAGAGGCAGAAGCAAAUGAAAGAUAAUGAAAAUGUAAUAAAUGAGUAUUCCUCAGAACUGGAAAAGCACCGAUUAUAUAUAGAUGAGACCGUGAAUAAUAAUAUCCCAACUAACUUUCGUGUGCUCCGUUCAAUUCUGGAAAACCUGAGAAGCAAAAUACAAAAAUUAGAGACUGACGUCUCAGCUCAGAUGGAAUAUUGCCGCACUCCAUGCACUGUCAGCUGCAACGUCCCUGUGGUGUCUGGCAAAGAAUGUGAGGAAAUCAUCAGGAAAGGAGGUGAAACAUCUGAAAUGUAUCUCAUUCAGCCUGACAGUUCUAUCAAACCAUAUAGAGUAUACUGUGAUAUGAACACAGAUAAUGGAGGAUGGACAGUAAUUCAGAACCGCCAAGAUGGUAGUGUUGACUUCGGCAGGAAAUGGGACCCAUAUAAACAAGGAUUUGGAAAUAUUGCAACCAAUGAAGAUGGCAAAAAAUACUGUGGCCUACCAGGUGAGUAUUGGCUUGGAAAUGAUAAAAUCAGCCAGCUUACCAGGAUGGGACCCACAGAGCUCUUGAUUGAAAUGGAGGACUGGAAAGGAGACAAGGUCAAAGCUCAGUACGGGGGAUUCACUGUGCAGAAUGAGGCCAACAAGUACCAGCUCUCGGUGAACAAAUAUAAAGGGACGGCCGGCAAUGCCCUCAUGGAGGGAGCUUCUCAGCUGGUGGGAGAGAACAAAACCAUGACCAUUCACAACGGCAUGUUCUUCAGCACGUAUGACAGAGACAAUGACGGCUGGCUAACUACAGAUCCCAGAAAACAGUGUUCUAAAGAGGACGGUGGUGGAUGGUGGUAUAACAGAUGUCACGCGUCCAAUCCAAACGGCAGAUACUACUGGGGUGGACAGUACACCUGGGACAUGGCAAAGCACGGCACAGACGAUGGCAUAGUAUGGAUGAAUUGGAAGGGGUCAUGGUAUUCAAUGAGGAAGAUGAGUAUGAAGAUCAGGCCCUUCUUCCCACAGCAAUAGACCCCCAAAAUGUAGAUUUUUACCCUUCUAUAUGUGACAACAUUUUUUUACAUUAUGUUAUUGGAAUUUUCUUUCAUACAUUAUACCCCUCUAAAACUCUCAAAUGGUUGUGUGACUUUUUGGAAAAGGUAUAGGUUAAAUGACAUUAAAAAUAGCACACAAUUUUCUUUUGUAUUCUUCAUUUAUCUUGCUUACCAAGAAGUAUCUAAAAGGAUAGUGGUGGACAGGCAGUGUUCAUAAUUUCAAUUCUGGUUGAUUGUGAAAAGUUUCACAUCAGGAAAAGGAAUCUUCUAUCUGUGUAGAAAAACUGUGAGGCAAACUAAAAACUGAUGUUUAAAAGUCCACAUUAUUAAAAUUCUAUUUAUUUAUGUAAGAUCUAUCACAGAAAACUUUCAAAAAGAUUCAUUAAUUAAACCAGUCUCUGUUGCAAUAA